GAAAACUAUUUGCAAUUCAGAGACCAGAAUAGUAAUACGCAUGUCGCAAUAUUACUGAUUAGUCGUGUUAUAUUUUUAAUUGUCAUUGUUAUAAAAUUAAAUAAAUAAAAUGGAAAAUACGUAUAUUGCAACCCUUAACGAUUUGUGUAGUGCAUAUUCUUUGUUAAUUGAAAAUGACAAGAAAAAUGUAUUAUUGGUGGUUACUGAGUCUUUAGACAGUUCCGAACUAGAACAGAUCGUUCAACAUUAUUCCAAUAAAGUCAAUAUUAAAUUCACUAAUCCAGCAAAUAUCAAAACAGAUUUUAAAGAGUCUUCAUUUGAUGCUAUUUUAUCGGGAGUUAUUGGAUCAGGUGUACAAAAUGAUUUUGACUUAAUAGCCAAGUAUGUGAACCUUUUAUCUGCCGGCGGUAAAUUAAUAGUGAAAACCAAUGUAGAUGCCGAAGAACAACUAGUAAAAUGUUUGAAAAUGUGUGGUUUUUUGAAUGUAGCAUCAAGCAUUACUCGAGGAAUAGUCGAAGGCAGUAAAGCUACUUAUGCGGUUGGCUCAAGUGAUAAAGUCACUCUGAAAACAGUAAAUAUGGGUAGUGUAGCUUCAGCAUGGAAAGUGGACGGUAAUGAUGAUGUAGAAACUAUAUCGGAAGACGAUUUAUUAGAGGCAGACGAUUUAAAAAAACCAGAAUCGACAUCUCUAAAAGUAUGUGCUACAACCAAAAAAAGUAAGGCCUGCAAAAAUUGUACUUGUGGGUUAGCUGAAGAACUUGCUAAUGAAAUUGUAGAUACACAACCGGAUACAGCAAAUGCAAAAUCAUCCUGUGGAAGCUGUUACUUGGGCGAUGCAUUUCGUUGUGCUAGUUGCCCUUACUUAGGCAUGCCAGCUUUCAAACCAGGUGAAAAAGUACAACUGGCUGGAAAUUUACUGCAAGAUGAUUUUUGAAAAAUAUACUUAUGUUUUUUUUUAACCAAACGAUAUAGUUUAUUUCUUAUAAUUUUGUUAAGUAUUAGGUAAGAAUAAUUUAAUAAAAAAUAAACCAAUGUA